GAAAACGAGUUUAAUUCCCCCCCCCCCCCCCCCCCCCCCCCCGCCCAAACGCGAGAUCCCGCGCUUGCACGCGGGCGCGCCCGCUCUCCGAUCCGACGGCCCUCGCCUCUUCCACGUCAGCGAUCCGCGCCCCGCCCGCUCCGCCAGUCUUCCCCGCGGCCUCUACAUAUAACCCCGCCUCGCCGCCUCUCCUCAUCCCACUUCCGCCCAAAUCCACCACCGCCAUACCAGCGUGUCCGCGAUUCCGUCGAGUAGACUGGGCGAGAGAGUAGUCUCGGACGAGAAGAGGCGAAUAUGAGUUCCGGCGGCGGCAGGGGCAAGCCCAAGGGGUCCAAGGCUUUGUCGCGGUCGACCAAGGCCGGGCUGCAGUUCCCCGUCGGCCGCAUCGCGCGCUACCUCAAGGCCGGCAAGUACGCCGAGCGCGUCGGCGGUGGUGCGCCCGUCUACCUCUCCGCCGUCCUCGAGUAUCUCGCGGCAGAGGUGUUGGAACUGGCGGGCAACGCGGCGCGCGACAACAAGAAGAACCGCAUCGUGCCGCGUCACAUCCAGCUCGCCGUGCGCAACGACGAGGAACUCAGCAAGCUGCUCGGAGCUGUCACCAUCGCCGCCGGAGGUGUGUUGCCCAACAUUCAUCAGACGCUGCUGCCCAAGAAGGCCGGUGGGAAGGGCAAGGCCGACAUCGGUUCCGCAUCCCAGGAGUUCUAAGCGGCCGCGGCGGCGGUUGCAGGUUUCUCUGACUUGUUCGAACUGGAGCUCCAACAUGCAUGAAGUCCCCCCGUCGCUCAAGUUUCGUCGAUUAGUAGUGUUAGGGUGUUUUCUAUCUUUGGUUAGGUUUAGAUUGUCUGAUGGAUGGUUUAUCAGACGAAAGUUUGGUGAUCGAGGGCUUCCUGUAUGUAUCAAUCAAUCUUGCUGGAAUGGAACAAAUCGUUGGUUGCAGUUAGUUGC